AUGGACACCGACAGAGAGCAUUUCUGGACCUUUCGGUUGGCACCGACCGAAACCGAAAACGGCCCAUCGGUUGACGGCCAACAAGCACGUUUUGCCAUAGUUAAUUGUUCGCUAAUUUGUCGAUGGCCACCGAAAAGCGAAUUUCGGCGUCCACCCUCCGAAACCGACCAACGUUCACAAUUUGUGUUCUCGAUAGACAUUGAUGGGGUAUUCGAUUGGUGGCGAUGGAGAACGCAAAUUGUAAACUUUAAUCGGAUGAAUAAUGGACUGAAUACGUCAUCGACGGAAUACGAUGGUGAGAUUUUCGAUAAAGACUAUUAUGGUGGCAAAAAUUAUCCGUUUGAAGAUUAUCAAGAGGUAUGUAUGAUUAUGCAGAUUAGCGACUCUCAACAUAAGCAUGCUUCUCCUACAGGAAAAGAAGAAACUCGCAGUUUGGGGACGAUUUUAACGUGA